AUGCCUAGCCAUGGUGUGCCACGGUCUAAACCCGUCGAGAAAUCCGCCGAGGCGCGACAGCAGGAGCAACAAAAGAUUGAUACAUAUCGCGAUCUUGAACGUUUAGUUUCCGCAAAGGUGACUGAACAUGAAUACACCCUCGACACUCUGAAAAAGAUCUCAGAGCUGCUGUCCAAGAAUCCUGAGUAUUACACAGCCUGGAACUACCGCCGACGGGUGUUGCGGCAUCAGUUUGCCCAAGCAGGUGACUCAGACGAAGAUACUGGAACGAUCCUGCAGUUGAUCUCAAGUGAUCUCCAGUUCCUCAUCCCUCUUCUCAAGAGCUUCCCCAAAUGCUACUGGAUCUGGAACUAUCGUCUAUGGCUACUGGAUGAAGCUCGCCGCUUAUUGCCACUCAUGGAGACGAGGCAAAUGUGGCAGCAAGAGCUCGCCCUUGUGGGCAAAAUGUUGACCCUGGAUAGCCGCAAUUUCCACGGGUGGGGUUACCGGCGCUUCGUGGUUGAGACAUUGAAAGAGCUCGGCACCGCCGAAGAAGCACAAGGCAUGACGCAGACUGAGUUUGAAUAUGCAAAGAAGAUGAUUGGCGCCAAUCUAUCGAAUUUUUCUGCGUGGCAUUACCGCACCAAACUGAUCCAAUCGCUCUUGGACGAGCAAUCCGCCAGCGACGACGAGCGGAGAAAAAUGUUGGAUGAUGAACUAUCGCUCAUUCACCAGGCGUUUAUCGAUCCUUAUGAUCAAUCACUCUGGUUUUACCACCAAAACCUGAUGAGUGCCUUCGAUCCGGCGAUGGCCCAACGAACUAUGACGCCCCAUUUAAGCUCAUCCGAUCGAUUGGAGUAUAUCCGCGGUGAAAUCGAAGAGAUCCAAGAGAUGCUUGAUGGCGCGGAAGACUGCAAGUACAUAUAUCAGGCAUUGAUCGAGUACACCCUUCUCGCCUCCAAGGUAGAAGGAAGUUUAUCAACUGAAGAUCGGAAGCAAGUCCUGAGCUGGCUUUCCGAGCUGAAGACGUUAGAUCCUUUGCGACGCGAAAGGUGGCUUGACCUUGAGAAGACGCUCUGA